UUGCGGGGCCGCGGGUCUGGAUGGGGACAACACGUGCGGCAUUGCGGAGAGGAGGUGCGAGGGUCACGCGGGAGGAGGACGAGGACGACGACGAGGGGGCGCGCCGCGACGGUGAGGGUGGAGGACGCCGGCGAUGGGAGGGGGCUGCCGCCGCCGUCGCCGGCGACGGGGCCCUACGCCGGCGGCAGGUCGCGAGGCCCGCGGCGGCAGGGAGAGACCAUCGCCAAGGGCCACAAGAACUACGAGCUCAUGCUCAACCUGCAGCUCGGCAUCAGGCAUGCGGUAGGAAAGCAAGGUCCAAUUACACUUGAUCUUAAAUCAUCAGCUUUUGACCCAAAGGAGAAAGUAUGGACACGGUUCCCUCCGGAGGGCUCAAAGUACACCCCUCCACACAGUUCUUGUGAUUUCAAAUGGAAGGAUUACUGCCCACAAGUAUUCCGGACAUUGCGCAAGUUGUUCAAGGUUGAUGCCGCAGACUAUAUGUUAUCCCUUUGUGGAGACCAGGCUCUCCGGGAGCUCUCAUCACCUGGUAAAAGUGGAAGCUUCUUUUAUCUUACGAGCAACGACCAGUACAUGAUAAAGACAAUGAAGAAAUCUGAAGUAAAGAUAUUUCUGAAGAUGCUUCGAGCUUAUUAUAAUCAUGUCAGGGCAUUUGAGAACACUCUAGUCACAAAGUUCUUCGGUCUUCACUGUGUCAAAUUAGCUGGAGCGAACCAAAAGAAGGUUCGUUUUGUCAUAAUGGGGAAUCUGUUCUGCUCUGAUUACCCCAUUCAUAGGAGAUUUGACCUGAAAGGUUCAUCUCUUGGACGUACAACUGACAAGCCACAGACAGAGAUUGAUGAGUACACUACUCUGAAGGAUCUUGAUCUCAACUUUAUAUUUCGAUUGCAAAAACAUUGGUGCCAGGAGUUCCAAAGGCAAGUCGACAGGGACUGCGAGUUUCUCGAGCAGGAAAAUAUCAUGGAUUAUAGUCUCUUGGUUGGUGUACAUUUUAGGGAUACUAGGGAUAGGCUAUUGACCGGAGGUUCAUUUGAUAGUGACAGCAGCAGAGGAUCAUCGCCUCACUUGUCUAGAGGAGAUACGGAUGCAAACAGGUUCACCAAGAUAAAACUUGGGUCAAACAUGCCGAUAAGAGCUGAACGGACAAUAAGAAAGAGUGACAUUGAACCGCAGAUUAUUGGCGAGCCUACUGGAGAGUUCUACGACGUUGUAUUAUAUUUCGGGAUCAUAGACAUACUUCAAGAUUACGAUAUCAGCAAAAAGCUUGAGCAUGCAUACAAGUCUUUCCAAUAUGACCCAACAUCCAUUUCAGCAGUCGAUCCAAAACAGUACUCGAGACGCUUCAGAGACUUCGUAUUCAAAGCGUUCCAGGAAGAGAAGUUGGACUUGUGAAAAAACACAUGGAAGCUCAGGAGCCAGCGUUGCUGCUGACAUGGAUACCACCAGUGUUGAAAUGCAGAAACAUGGCGCUGCUCGCAUUGUGGCAGAGCUUUUGGCGACCUUGCUUGCUACUUCCACACCAGACUGCAGCGCACGACAGAAGCUUCAGUAGAAGGCAUCCGGAUGAUGAAGCCCCUGCCUGCAGACUCUGAGGGAUUCAGCUGGCUCUGAUGUAGGAAUAAGGCUCCAACUCGAGAUAUCGGUGCAUUUCAAUAAGCAGGUUCAACAGUAUUUUUUCAUAAAAUAGUUGCUUGGCAAACUGCUGUUCACUCAGCUGCAUUUCUACAGCUGCUGUUUACACUGCACUGUAAUGCCAAGCGACGCCUAAAACAAGUAUACAUGCAUAUAGAAAUCACUGAUAUUAGUGUAGACGCUGACAACCUACAGAGAAAUUUGUAAUGACAG